UGGAAAAUGGUAUGAUAUGUCAUGUGACAACACGCUGCCAUUUGUUUGCUAUGGUGGUAGAGGGAAUGCAACACAAAGUUUUAUCAGAAUCAAUGAUUGGAAAACCUGGUCAGAGGCUCGUAGAUACUGCAGAGAUCAUUACACAGAUCUUGUCAAUGUGAGAAAUCAGACUGAGAACCAGAGGAUCCUUGAGGCAGUAGGAGGAGGAGUCUGGAUAGGACUGUACAGAAACAGGAUUUGGUCAAACGGUCAGAAUACCAGUUAUGAAGACUGGAGACCAGCCGUUCCCGAUUCAGCGCAACAGCCAGAUAAUGGUCAAUAUGUUUAUGGCCAGUGGGGCUUGCAGCACUGUACUGCUGUAUCAUUCAGUCAUUUAGGUCGAUGGACUGAUGAGGACUGCCUAUCCAGCACUUUUAUCUGCUACAACAGAACCUGCACACAAUCUUCAUGCACCCGUCAGUAUCACUUUGUGAAUGAGAAUAAGACCUGGACUGAAGCUCAGAGAUACUGCAGACAGAAUUACACUGAUCUGGCCACCAUUGACAACAUGGAGGAAAUGGAUAGGCUCAUUAAAAGAGUACGCAGAACUUACUAUGGCAAAGCUUGGAUUGGUCUCUAUGAUGAUAUAAACAGCUGGAGAUGGUCUCUUGAUAAUGUAAUGUUUGAUGGAGAAUUUAAAGGCUGGUUUGUUCAGCAACAAGUGAACUCAGGUGGACAGAGUCUGUGUGUGUACAUGUCAUAUUAUCGGGGAACAUGGAGUGAAGCCUCUUGCUACUAUACACUUCCCUUUGUUUGCUAUGAUGGAAGAGUGAAUGCUAGUACAAGUUAUGUGUUUGUCUACCAGUACAGUAACUGGACUGAAGCACAGAGAUACUGCAGAGAACAUCACACGGACCUCGUCAGUAUCAGGAAUGAGACUGAAAACUUCAAACUUCAAUCAUUAUUUUCAUAUUAUAACACUUUUUGGAUCGGACUGUACAGAACCAGAUCUUGGUCAGAUCAGAGCAACUCAUCAUUCAGUAACUGGAGAACAGGACAGCCAGAUAAUGCUGGAAACAGUGAAUACUGCACUGCAGUGUCAUUUAGUGAUUCUGGGAAAUGGACAGAUAAAAACUGCAACACUGCAUUACCUUUCACUUGUUACAGUGCAUUAGCAUCAUCUCGUCAGUAUCACUUUGUGAAUGAGUCUAAGACCUGGACUGAAGCUCAGAGAUACUGCAGACAGAAUUACACUGAUCUGGCCACCAUUGAGAACAUGGAGGAAAUGAACAGACUGAUUAACACAGUUAAUGGGAGUUACAAUGGUUCAGCCUGGAUUGGCCUGUAUGAUGAUGUGAACAGCUGGGGAUGGUCACUGGAAGACAAUGAUUUCUAUCAGGAAGGAGAGAGAGAUUUCAGGAACUUUUAUCAUGAACCAAACAAUGCUGGGAAUGAACUGUGUGUUUACAUGGAUUAUAAUGGAAACUGGUUGGAUUCAUCAUGUGACAAUUAUUACACAUUUGUUUGCUAUGAUGGUAGAGUAAACAGCUCUCAGAAUUAUGUUUGGAUAUAUGAGUAUAGGACCUGGACUGGAGCUCAGAGCUACUGCAGAGAGAAAUACACAGACCUGGCCAGUGUGAGGAAUGAGACAGAGCGUCAACAGAUACUGAAUGUUACACUUUAUCGUAAUUAUGGAUGGAUCGGUCUGUACAGAAACAGACUGUGGUCAGAUCAGAGCAACUCUUCCUUCACAUAUUGGCUUCCGUGGACUCAAGGUGUUGCUGCACAACCAGAUAAUGGUGUAAGUGUCCCAGGACAGCGGGGAUCUCAACACUGCACAGCUGUGUCUUUACAAUACCUUGGCCAGUUGACAGAUGAGAGCUGCUUGGCCAGUUUCCCUUUCUUCUGUUACAGUGACAAGUAUGUGAUGGGGCUUAGAGUGAAAGUUACAAGUCUGGAGAAUCUGUCAGAGUCUCAAAUUGAAGAGCUGGUGAUUAUACAGCUCCAGGAAGAAUUUAUCAGACAAGGACUUCCCAGCAACUUCACCAUGCAUUUGAGAAACUAUCGUAAAACAAGUCCAUGAAAGACAAGUACAGCAUUCCAGCACACAAAGAAAAUAAGUAUAGGUUUCAUGUUUUAUCAGACUAUUACAGAACAUCUCCAUCUCUUGCAUGCUUUUUGCUAUUGAUAUUGAACAAAAAUUCAGAACUUCAAAUGAUAUUACCUGAAAAAUAAACACAUUUUUUUUU